CGUAAAAUUGUUCCUUUUUCAAGAUGUCGGUGUAUGGCCCCGUGGUGAAAAUUCACCCUGUCGUUCUCGCCUCCAUCGGCGAUUCUUACGAACGGAGAAAUGAGGGAGCGAGUCGUGUGAUCGGAACCUUGCUUGGUACCAUUGACAAGCACUCUGUGGAGGUCACCAACUGUUUCUCCGUCCCCCACAAUGAGUCUGAAGAUGAGGUUGCUGUGGACAUGGAGUUUGCCAAGAACAUGUACGAUCUUCAUAAGAGGGUGUCACCCAGCGAGGUCAUUGUUGGAUGGUAUGCCACUGGCUUUGAGAUCACUGAGCACUCUGUGUUGAUCCAUGAGUACUACAGCCGAGAGGCCACGAACCCCAUUCACCUCACCAUGGACACAGCCCUGCAGAGUGGCAAGAUGAACAUCCGUGCCUACGUCAGUGCCCAGAUGGGUGUGCCGGGAAAGACUGUCGGUGUGAUGUUCACUCCCCUGAGUGUGAAAUACAAGUAUUACGACACAGAGAGGAUAGGAGUUGACCUUCUCCAGAGGACGAGAGAUGCUCCUAACACCACCAAUGGGCUGACCUCUGACCUCUGCCAGGUGGGCGGGGCAGCAGGCCGUGUUCAGGACAUGCUGGCCACGGUACUGACCUACAUUGAGGAUGUGUUGUCUGGUAAGCAGAUGGCAGAUAACAGUGUGGGACGGUACCUGAUGGAUCUGGUCAACAAGGUUCCUAAGAUCACAGCAGAGGACUUUGAGACCAUGCUCAACUCCAACAUCAACGACCUGUUGAUGGUGACCUAUCUAUCUAAUCUGACUCAAGCACAGAUCGCCCUGAAUGAGAAGAUUGUGGUACUCUGAGCAUUGAGAGAUCAGGAUGGUUUAGUUCUUAAUAAAGAGUGAUGGAUAAAACAUUUGUUGGUAUAGCUCAAAUUAAUAAAGGUGAUAUACAGUA